AUGGCAGGCUCACAGUUGAAAGAGCUGAAAAAAUCGCUCAAGGAGAAAGGAUUUACAGGCCAGGCUAACGUCAAAGCCUCUAAGAAGGGAAACAAACGCCAGGCCCGAGAAUAUGACCGUGACGAAAGAGCCCAACAAAUUUCAAAGAUUCGUGAACAGUUCAGCCCUUUCGAACUGAAAAUGAAUCGCGACAAGAGGUCUUCUCAAGCUGGUAAAAACACUGCCCACAAAGCGGCAGGCAAACCUGGUAUUUCCAAGCAAAUUGGUGAAGAACAACGGUUGGCAGCGCAUGAAGUUCGCGAGCGGCGCAAGAAUAAGCUCGGGGGCGUUAUGGACCGCAGAUUCGGAGAGAAAAACAAGGAUUUGACCGAGGAGGAAAAAAUGCUGGAGCGUUUCACCCGCGAAAGACAAGCACAAUCGUCGUCCAGUAAAAAAUCCAUCUUCAAUCUUGAAGACGACGAAAAUGAAGAAUUUGGCAAUGCUGGAAGUGAAGAUCUCUAUGGUGGCACACUGACGCAUUACGGUAAGUCAUUGGCCCUAGAAGACGAUUUUGAAGAUGGAGAUUUGGGCUUGGAACAGCCCAAAAGAUCAGCGUCAGAGUUCGAGGGCGAAAAUGAAGACGGAAGACCCGCCAGAAAGAAGACCAAGGCCGAGGUAAUGAAGGAGAUUAUUGCUAAGUCCAAAUUUUACAAGCACGAACGUCAGAAAGCGAAGGAAAAGCUUGCGGAAGAAAUUGAGGAUGUUGAUGAGGAAUUUGACGACAUUAUGUCUGAACUAAACGCCAUUCCGAAGCAAAAGACCCAAAUUGUUGCUAAAGAUGAUCCUUCGGACAAGCAAUACGAUGUUAAGGUUCGAGAAUUGGGCUUAGAGAAAAGAGCUGUUCCGGCAGACCGCACAAAAACCCAAGAAGAAAUAGACCAAGAGAACUUGGAAAAGCGCCAGAAAUUAGAGCAAGCGCGACUCGAUAGAAUGAGUGGCAUGGGUGAGAUUGACGAAGACGAAGAUCGCGGAGUUGAAGACUUGGGCGACGACUUCUGGGAAGGUGAAAACUCAGAAGACGAAGGAGAGCAUAUGGAUAAUGGUUUCGAUAUGGAUGACGUUCAAUUGCCAGGUGAUGAUAGAGAUAAGGACUUCAAAAAGUCACAAGCUGCUAUUUCAGUCGUACCUUGUCCACAGACUCACGACGAGCUAACAAAUUAUCUCGAAAAUCACAACGCUCAAGAGCAUCCUUCCUUGGUGAGGGACAUCGUAAGAACAUACCAGCCUAGACUAGCGGCUGGUAACAAAGAGCGCUUGAGCACUUUCACAGGGGUGCUGCUGAGGUAUAUUUUAUCUAUCUCUGACUCCUACAAUGAUGGGACCGCAGAGGAAUUUGGGAAAAUGCAGAAUGAGCUAAUAACCAUUCUCAAGUCUAUGGCGCAGAAGUACAAUGAAUCUUUGUCGCUUACAUGUCGGGAGAUUGUGAAUGAAAUUCAGGCCAGGUUCAAGACCCAACGAUCUCACGGCCUACUUGUGUCGGAUCUGGUAUUUUUUACCUUGGUGGGUUACAUUUUUUCCACCUCCGACCACUAUCAUUUGGUUGUUACUCCGUGCAACGUUCUCAUGGGUGAAUUGUUAGAGCAGACAAAACUCAACUCGUUUCAAAAUAUCGCAUUUUGUGCAAUCUUGGCAAGAAUAUCUCUCACAUACCAGCGGCUAGCCCAGCGGUUUGUUCCUGAGCUCGUCUAUUUCUUCAAAAAGUCAUUGGUCACUUUGCUGCCCAUAAGCGAGAAAGAAAAGUUCAGCAAAGGGCUUGAUACAAUUCAGUGUGACUCAAAUGAUCUAAAAGCGCCCUCCUCUAUUUCCUUUGACGAAAGAGAUGGAUGCACUUUGAGUCUGCGUACCGUAAGUGUCGAAGAAGGUCAAAUAACCGAAAAAGACAAGAUCGCCCUAGUCCAUAAUAUUUUGGCAUCUGUGGAUGAUGCGGUUUCGAAAAUAUGGAAGAAUUUGUCUUGUUUCCCUGAGCUCGUAGCCGCGCUUGAACCUAUCACGGCAGCCUACCGCGAUCAAUAUCCUGACCUGGAGGCAUUGCGAACGCUUACUGAUAAAAUGAACAGGUUCAAAACAUUCAACGAGCACUUUCCUUUGGCUUUACAGAACCAUCGCCCUCUAAGCAUACCGAUGCAUACGCCUAAAUUCGAAGAAAGUUUCAAUCCUGAAAAGAAGUCUUAUGAUCCUGAUAGAACGAGAAGCGAGCUCAACAAGAUGAAAGCACAAAUCAAGAAGGACCGCAAAUUCACGAUGAAAGAAAUCAGGAAGGAUACUAAAUUUGAAGCAAGACAACAGAUCGACCAGAAAAAGAAAGAGCACUCUGACUAUCAUGCUAAAAUGGCUCGGAUUGUUAAUCAAAUAAGUACUGAGGAAGGUGCUGAAAAGAGCAAGUACGAAAGAGAGAAGCGACUACGGAACAGUAAGUAA